CGAUAUAUCGCUUGCGGUCGGCAUGAGAAGUACUGCCGAAACAUGUAACAUGUGUCCGGCGCCUCGAAGUAUUAGAGUCCAAUCAUUCGAACCGAAAGGUUGCUUUCCAAAUCGCCAGUCCUGACCAACGUACAUUUAUAGGUGAUACAUCACGUCUUUUUGGCAUCAGCCAACGUCAAGGAACCAUGACCGGACGUUUCCGUACAGAUCACCGCCAAACGCAAGUUUAGGACUUGGGCACUAGUGUGAAGAUCGGAACGGCCUCCUAUGGCGCUGCUCUGUGGACGUGCAGCGGUCUACCCCAUUGAGCGCUCUGCCGGAACACACCGCGUCCUCGUUGUCGCGUCCGAAUAAGGGUUGUCAGGACGUCGCGCCGACGCCGCGCAGAGAAGCAGCGUCUUUUAAGUUUGCAAAUCAGGGAGACGUGUCCGCGCGUCGACUCAGAACAGCGUAAGGCGCGGUCUUGCGAGGGCCAAGACAACCGUAGGUAUUCGUCGUGAAGUCGCCGGAUCCGCCACUGCGAUAGUCCCGCACAAAUUGGAAGACCGGUGUCACCCCGUUGCCCGGAAAGAACUGGCCAAGGUGUGCAGAAUUUCGAGUCAACGCCUGGCCGUUCAUCUCAGACGAACAAUCGCGUAGGCAUCUCCCGAUACUCGUAUCAUGGCCAAGAAAACUGGCUCGCGAAGCGCACAUGGUUUGCCGUUAUCAGACGCUGGGCAUGUCCACACGUCCCGUGAGGUCCGCGAAAAGGCGAGCAGUGUGUGUAGCCUUGUGUAACCGAUGACGUUGUAUAGUACCUGAAAGAUGGGGCGACUGCAGUCUCGUGCAAGGCGUGGGCUUCAGUCCCCCGACGGCAGUGCGAUAACAGGAAGAUGCCGAGCCGAAUUUGACGACAAUAUCACGUCCCUGAUCGCGAUGCGACUGUAAAGAUCCGGUCCUCUUCAGCAUCCCCAUGUCCGCACAGAGAAAGAGAGAGACAGCUGUUGCGCCCGAGAAGACGGAUGCGAGAGAAGAUCCGUGUGCGCCCCCCACCGCGCCCGCAGAGAACGAGUCGCAAUGGCCGCAAAGCGAGACUGGAUAUGGGCGAACGGAUCCCGCGAGCAGCACGGCCGUUGAUGGAGAGGGCACGAGGCGGUGGCAGAUGCUCAGAGGCAGACGGAGGAGUAUACAAUGCGCAUACGCAUACGCCUUUGCGCCUGGCGCUGUGGCGGGUGAGACGGGAGGUCUGCUGCAGAUGGCGGGCCGGCAAGAAGCGCGCGGGCGGUGUAAUUACGGUCGUGCGGGAGAGACUCGGGUGGUACGGCGGCUGGCGACGCUCGCGUGGCAGGCGAUGUCGAUCAGUCGCUCGGAUACGGCUGCUCAGCUGGCCCAACCAGGGGCGGGCUGUUGGUGGUCGCGGUCGUCGGUGGCGACGACGGCGUGCACGGGGAGGAGAAUUGAUCGGGACGGAUAUUGCGCUGAUCGGCCUGUGGGCGGCACGGGGGGUGGGCGUCUGAUAAGAGGCGAGCUGGGAUCCGGGCGGGUCGGAAGGAGUUCGCGCGGAGGUUGCUAUCGCUGUCCUCGAGGCUCGACCGACAUACAUAUCACCCACCACUCACACGUCCUCCUCCCCGCCGCCACCAUGCUCACCGUCCCCGUCCCGCCCGACCGCAGGGACGCCCUCGCCAUCGUCGGCGCACGCGGCCGCUCUCGCGACGUCUCCCCCGUCGCCGUCGCCCGCGCCGUCCACGAGCGCAGGCGCCAGCCCCGACAAACGCCACUGCCCAGCCACAUCCCUGCUGACCGUCGUCCGGCCACCACGGCCAAGCCACUACCCAUAAUCCGCGCCGCCGUCGACCCCUCGCCGCGCCGCGCCUCUCUUUCUUCCUCUCGCUCGCCGUCGCCGUCACCCGUCGUCGUCACCCCCUCAGAGGACCCCCCGGCGACCCACACGCCCAUGACCCAGCCCCUCACCCAGCCAGCGGCACACGACCAGAUAUGGCCCCCGGGCAGCCUCAGCAUCCAGGAGCAGAUGCAGCACGCUUACGCCCUCGACAACAUGCACCUCGCCCGCGUCCUCUACCUCAAGCUGCGCGGCAUCGAGGUCUCGUCCGACGACGACCCCCGCAUCGCCGAAGUCCGCGACGACGAUUUCCAGCCGUGCUUUGUGCCACCCGGAGCGAUUCAGUUGGAGGAGGAGGAUGAACGCAUGCUCAUGGAACGCAGGCGGGAGGAAGCAGAGAGGUGGAGACUGCAGGAACGGGAAGAGAGGCUGAGGGAGCUCGGCAGGCGCUGGGACGCGGAGAAGGCCAAGAUGCAGGCGAUGAAGGACCGUGCCGCCGCCUGCAGGGCCAAGACGGAGGAGUGCAAACGACGCAGCGGCGAGCGCGACAGGAAGGCCGACGCCCGCACCCGCGCCCGCGACACCCGCGCGCAGAUGGACGCCCGCACCGAGGAGACGAUGCGCCGCCACCUCCAGCUCGGCCUCGGCACCUCCGCCGCGAGGCCCAAGCUCUCCUACGACGCCCUCUCUCCCGCCCGAGCGAGUCCCGCCGCGCGGCAAGAGCCGUAUAUGCUCCGCUAUGACCUCCCGCCCCCGAUCGCCCUCGCGCGCUCCACCCCCGCGGGCGCCUCCCGUAGCCCGCCUCCGUGCAAGCCCAAGCCUCGCCGCGCGCUCACCACGCCGUCGCCGUCGCCGUCGCCCCAGCGCGCGCACUGCAUCCCCUUCGAGCUCGUCGUGACCUGUAUGUCUGGACCCUUAUUCCCGUCCGAGGACCCUUCGUGUCUGCGGGGCAGGCCCUCGCAGAGGCAGCUUUUGGACUCGCUCGUCAAGGCAGGCGAGCACGUCGCCUCCACCAAGGCCAAGGCACCCACCCGCACUCCGUACGCUCCGCGCCGCACGGACUCGGCGCUCUCCAACGUCAGCACGGACUCGUCAGACUGCCCCGUGUGCUCUGCCAACACCAGUAGGCAGUCCACGGUCUCGUCCGCGUCAACCUCCACCUCCACUUCGCGCUCCGGCUCGUGGCUAUCCUUUGGAAGCCACAUGUCCGUCUCGACCACCAUCACCACUCCCGCCGCAUCCCUCCGGUCCAAGGCAUCCUCCGUAUCGUCCUCGGUCUCCCCGCGAGCGAGCCCGAAGGUCGCGUUCGCGUCCUUGACUAUCGUACACACAUGCACGUGUCCUCGCACGCGGCUCACCCGCGUACCGCUUGCCGAGUGCCCUCUCGACUACGACGACGACGAGAAGGCAGGACUGAAGGAGCUGCGCGCGAUCAAGGAAGAGGAUGGAGAACCGUCCCGGAAGCGGGGCUCCGCGACGCUCUCCUUUACCAAGCGCGUUUCGCUCUCGAUGAGCCGCGUCGUCGACUUUGCUGCGCGACUGCAGGAGGCCUACGUCCGCGCGACGCUCUCCAACGCCGUCGCCUACGAUUCUUAUGACUCCUCCCGGUCGUCCUUCGCCUCGCGCUCCAGGGGCGCGGCAGCGCCGGCCCCGACGAAGCGCGGGCUCAAGCCACCUGGCUACCGCGUGCGCGGCUCCGACAUCCGCGCCUUCCUCUCCGUUCCAGAACUUGCGGAACCGACUGAUGAUGAAGGCGACGCGCCCGCGUUAUAUAUACUCCUCCCCCUCUCCUCGUCUUACUCGCCGCCCGCAGCGCAACGCCCGCCGACGCGCGCGCUCGGCCUCGGACCCGGCUACCCGCCGCUCCCAUCUCCUCUCCGCCCGCGUUCCCCGCCGCCGACGCUUUCAUACCGCGAGCGCCCGAUCGCGAACCCAGUCAUGCUCCGGCUGAAGGCGCUCCAGAACGUGUGCUGCGCGCGUGCCCUGGCGUGGGAGGGCCGCGGCAAGGACGGGUACAUGGGCAGCGGCCGAGAGCGGAUCGUCGGCGUCGCGUUCGAAGGUAUCGGACGCAGCAGACUGGCGCGGCAGGCGCACCUCGAGCUUCACGCGCAAGUGAGCGAGAUUGAUGUGGACUGUUGAUCGAUUGAUUUGUUUUCGUUGGUGUGGGCUAGAUGAGGUCGUUGGCUAGAUGGAGGAGGAUCCUUUCGGUUUGACUAUGAACACACCGUAUAAUCGGCUUAACAGCGUUCCUUAUCGCGAACCGGCUAAUAAAGGCUGUCUCUUGCUCGUUCUCUCGCUUUCACGUUGUAUGUUUGCACUUUGUUACCUCACUGUACACCAGUUAUGCACGCAUUGUAAAUAGUAUUCCAUCCAUCCCC